AUGGCACAGAGAAAACAUGUAUGUAUCGAGUGUGAGAAAAGCUUCUGCAGUAGCUCAUCCCUCCUUAGACACCGGAGAACCCACACAGGAGAGAGACCCUAUAGAUGUCCUGAUUGCGGGAAAGGCUUCAUCUCCAACUCAAGCCUCAUUAGCCAUAAGAGAAUGCACACGGGGGAGAGACCCUAUAAAUGCCCUGACUGUGAGAAAGCCUUCAUUGCAAACAAGUCCCUCAAUAAGCAUCGCAAAAUCCAUAGCGGGGAGAGAGCCUACCAAUGCCCUGACAGCGUGGAAACCUUCAUCAGGAGUGAAUCCCUCCAAAAGCAUCAAAAGAAACACCUGUCAGUGAAACCGCAUCAAAGCCCUGAGUGUGGGAAAAGCUACACUGUUCAUUCAGCCCUUGUCGUCCAUCAGAGAACCCACAUGGGACAUGAAGCUCAUGUAUGCCGCAACUGCGGAAGAAGCUUCAGAAACAGCAGGACCCUCAUUAGACAUCAAAGAAUCCAUACGGGAGAGAAACCCUAUAAAUGCUUUGAGUGUGGGAAAUGCUUCCGGGCCAGCUCAACUCUCACUAUCCAUCGGAGACUCCACACAGGAGAGAAACCUUAUAAAUGCCCCGAGUGUGGGAAAAGCUUCAGAUCCAGCACAGGCCUCACAAAACACCGGAGAACACAUGUGAGAAAGAAAUUGUCCACGGGCCCUCAGUCAGAAUCCCUAAGCCCCAAAUCAGACCCCAUCUGCCACAUGGACCAAGAGGAAGAGCCCUGUGUCCUGGACUCUGAGGAUUCUUCAGAAAAGAAGACCCCGAGAGGCCCUCAGGCAGGAGAGAACUGA